AUGGCUUCCACCGCAGAGUCAGAUGUCCCUUGGUUCCUCAAGUCGUCAUAUCCGGUUCUUUUUCCAUUUGACGAUGCUGUGAGGAAGCCUCAGGCCGAGUUUGAUGACUGUCUCCGUCUCGGGAUUGCCCAACACCAUGAUGGCACCACAGCUGAAGUCAGCCCAGACCAAGCCAUGACUGACGCUGACCAGUCCGAGACAUUCACUCUUGUCUCCAACUCUACUUCAGCUGAAAUCCGUCAAGGCGUAGAUGCCAUGGACGUUUCGGGGGAAGCAGCACCAGACUCUAAGCCAGCAGAAGACACCCCUACCGAGUCGCAUCCCUUCAUGGAGGGAUUGGUCAACUAUCAAAAGGAGGAACCAUCAAAGACCCCCCAAGGUAUGAUGUUGACAGAGAACGGAGACUUGGCGUAUCGAUAUACCGAGGAUGCUCUUGUCGAUCUCUUCCAUGAACUCGAGGAAGUUAUAUCGGGCCCUCGCCUGAAUGAACUUUUGCUCGCCGCCUGGAGAGAAAAUCCCAUCGCCACUCUUAGAAUCAUCUUCAACGCUCGUUCUAUUCACCUCGGCAAAAGCUCGCGGAUCACCCUCUACCGUUGUGCUGGCUGGCUGGUACAGAACCACCCAAUGACCCUAAUCGCCAACUUGCGAUGGCUGAGCCGUCCUGUUAUCGAGAAGAAGGCCGAAAAGAAGGACUAUGAUCUCGUUAUCGUUGAGGAUGAGAACAAAGACGAGACUACCAAGUUUGAUGUUAAGAACGGCGUCGCACACGGAUACUGGAAAGAUCUUCUCAACAUCCUUGCACUUGCAGUCAACAAAAAGCUUGGUGUUCUCGAUGAUCCUAAAGAUGUCCUGAACAGCGAGAAUCCUGGCAUCAUCCGAGGAAAGUCUGUUGGUAAGCGCGGUGGUCGACGGGGAGCCCGAGGUGCAAGCCGUGGACGCGGAAGGGUUUUGAGUGGGCGAAUCAACACAACCUCGGAAACUGAAGAAAAGAAAGAGACAGCUAAAGAUCCAAAAGACCUCAAAAGGGAAGCGAGAUCAACCCGAUAUGAGAAUGCAAAGACCAUCUUUGAGAACGACCCAGUGUAUCGGGCGCUGCACUUGAGCAUUGCUCGUCUAUUCGCCGAACAGCUAGAGAAGGACCUUCGAGCCCUUCGAGGAGAAGACAAAAAGGCCAAGCGAUCCAUUUCUUUCUGUGGCAAGUGGGCGCCUUCGCACGACCACUUUCACGACAGACAUACUUUCAUCGUCAGCACCAUUGCUGAAAUCUUGUACCCACGAGAGUCAAUCGACAACGAGAAGCUGAAGCCGACCGACGACCGCGAGACCUACCUGCGAUUUGCUCGUGAAGAGUAUCGCAAGGACACAUCUGCCCUCCGAAAGCACCUCGAGAUCGUGGAGCGUGCCAUUACGGAGAACAAGUAUGGAGAUAUCAAGUAUGACCGCGUUCCAUCGCUCGCUAUGAACCAAUACAACAAGCUUUUCAUAGAGAAAGAUGCCGAACGCUUCGACAAGUAUCUUGACAAGGUUGCUGAAGGAAAGGCAAACAUCUCUGGAGCUACCCUGCUGCCAUCAACCUUGAUCCACAAGGUGCGACAGGGCAACCAGGGUCAGAGCCGUCUGGAUCAGAAGAUUGCCGAGAUCGAAUCCAAGGUCCUAGAUGGACAAUGGAACACACUUGUCCAGCGUAUCAAGGACUCUGGUACAAUGGAUUCGAGUAUUGCGGUUUGUGACGUUUCUGGUAGCAUGAGCUCUCCUGUCUUUUCCGACAAGACAAUACCGAUGGAUUCCGCAAUUGGUCUUUCUCUUCUUGUCGCCGAAGUUGCCAAGCCUCCGUUCGCCGGUGCCUUUAUCACGUUCAGCUCUCAUCCAUCUGUCGAGAAAGUGGAUUUGUCCAAUACACUGGCACAAAAGGUCAGCACUAUGGAUAGUUCUAACUGGGGUAUGACUACCAACUUCGUUUCCGUGUUUGAGGACUUGAUUCUUCCAAUGGCAACCAAGAACAACCUGAAGAAUGAGGAUAUGGUCAAGCGGGUGUUUGUCUUUAGUGACAUGCAGUUUGAUGAGGCAUGCGACUCAUCUGGUUCAUCAUGGUCUCGUCCCAGUUGGUCCAAUGCCCCGGGUGAUGAAGCUGACGAUGGUUGGGAUACCUCGUAUGAGCGCAUCAAGGCAAAAUUCGAGGCUGCAGGUUAUGACAUGCCUGAGCUGGUCUUUUGGAACCUUGCAGGGGGUAGAGCAGGAUACGGUCAGACUUCUGGGGAUCCAGUUGCGCCCAAGCCUGUUAAAUCUGAUGAGAAUGGAACAUGUCUCGUCAGCGGAUACUCCCAGGGUCUACUAAAGGUGUUUUUGGACGGAGGAGGUUUCGAGGAGGAGGAGGAGGAAGAGGAAGUGGUUGUCGAGAAAGAUGCUGAGGGCAAUGUCACGCAAAAGGUCAAAAAGGUCAAGAUGUCGCCUCUCAAGAUUGUACAAAAGGCGAUUAGCCACAAGGCGUAUGAGAUGUUGAAGGUUGUUGAUUAG